AUGAACAUUUCACAGACUCUAAAUGCAAGAAUCUGAUUCUCUAUUUACGGUACUCUUUUUUCAGCUUUCCCUCACUUUCAUUCCAAUCUCUUCCAUUUUCCGAACUCCAAAGUCUAAACCCAAAACCAAACUCAUACCAAACCUCGCCGGGGAGCAGCCACGUAACAACCAAAUUUUCAGUCGAGGCUUAUUUAUGUGAAUGGAAAGUUGAAUACUUUCCCUCCCCAUUCCAUCCCCCAAAUACCAACUCCAAUUCUUUCAAAGCUCCCAAGUCCGGAUCUCUUCCCUGGCCUCCUAUUUCCAUAUAAGACAAAGGGAUUUGAAAUUCGCCUUAGAUAAAUCCUCGCCGUGCAUCCCUCUUCCUUCCCUCCUAAAUCUCCUCUCUACCUCCUAUUUCUUAGGGUUUUCCAAAAUCAACUGCAAUUUCUCAAUAAUUUAUCAAAAUCGAAUCUUUUUCAUUUCCUUAUUUGAUUCACUCAUACAAUAAUUUAAUUAGUUUCGAGUCGGUGGCCAGGAGCAUAUAUUCUUAUUUGUUGAAUUGCGAGGGCAGUUACAAUUCAACUUCCGGGAUUGUAAACGGCUGGGUUGUUUCUUCAAUUCGGAGCGAGGGUUUUGCUGAGAUGCUUCAUUCAUUGUGGUAAUCGGAGAUUUAGGAAGUAUUUUGGGCUGCAAUCUCCUGUUUGAGAUGUCAGGGUGGAAUGUGAAUGGCAUCAGUUUGAUCAAUUGCUUCUAUCAUUUCUCUGAAUGGCAUCCUUUAUUAUAGCAGUCUGCCUUUGGGCCUUUCAAAGCCCAGAUUACAUCACUUGCUGAUAAGGUGUUUGGAUCAGAAAACUUGUUUUGCUGUAGAUUAUUGGGCGGAAAUAACUUAGCCAUGUUCAUCAAGAGAGAUCCUCUUGCAGAAGCAACGGAAAUGGGUUGCUGUGGUUGUUUUGGUUUUUCUUUUGCUAAAAAGCCGAAAAAAGUUGUGCGACCUAGAGUUUUUGGGAAUUACACUUCAGAGGAAUCCUUGUUGGAUCAAGAGAUGGAAGUGGAGGAUGGUGAGUUUGAUAAUGGUGAUGAUACUGGAAAUGGGGAUGAUAGUGACUUGCAAAGUCCGGUCAGACGAUCUGAGGAGAUUCUCAAUUAUAGACUUCAAAAUUCAUUGAUUUGCAGGGAAGUUCCAGUGAAGGAAACCCACAAACUUGUGCGGUCUGAAGAUGAAAAUGGGAACAAGAUGAUUAAUGAAUAUGUUCGUGAAUAUAAGAUUGGUUCUGGAAGCUAUGGCAAAGUGGUUCUUUAUCAUAGCAGUGUUGAUGGGAAAUAUUACGCGAUAAAGGCUUUUCACAAGUCUCAUUUGUUAAAGCUGAGGGUUGGACCUUUUGAGACUGCUAUGAGUGAUGUCCUUCGCGAGGUUUUGAUAAUGAAAACCUUGAACCAUCCAAAUAUAGUGAAUCUUGUUGAGGUGAUUGAUGACCCAACCACAGAUCACUUCUACAUGGUUCUGGAGUAUGUGGAAGGCAAAUGGGUCUUUGAAGGUGCUGGCCCACCUGGUGGUCUUGGAGAAAGUACCUCACGGAAGUAUUUCCGAGAUAUAAUUUGUGGUUUGAUGUAUCUUCAUGCACAUAAUGUAGUGCAUGGUGAUAUUAAACCUGAUAAUCUCUUGGUCACUGCUUCUGGGACUGUGAAGAUUGGUGAUUUCAGUGUUAGUCAGGUUGUUGAGGAUGAUAACGAUGAACUUCGCCGCUCUCCUGGGACUCCUGUUUUUACCGCACCAGAGUGCUGUUUAGGUAGUUGUAUGACUGAUGUUGAAAGUUCAACCUAUCAUGGCAAAGCUGCUGACACGUGGGCAGUUGGGGUUACAUUAUAUUGCAUGGUGUUGGGAAGGUAUCCAUUUCUUGGGGACACCCUUCAGGACACGUAUGAUAAGAUCGUUAAUAACCCCUUGUAUCUCCCUGAUGGAAUGAAUCCCCUGCUGAAGGACUUAAUUGAGGGGCUUCUCUGCAAAGACCCCGAACGGAGGAUGACACUAGAGGCUGUUUCUGAGCAUGCAUGGGUGAUUGGUGAAGGAGGGCCUAUUCCUCGGUAUUUAUGUUGGUGCAAAAGGAGCAGCAGAUCAAAAGAAGAAGUCUCUAAUGGGAGCGCAGUGGAUCUUCUCGCUUGAUGAGGCUUUCCAUUUUUGUAUAGCAGUAGAGUUUUUGGUCCCUUUCUCCAGUCAAGGAGGUGACUUGCGAAAACUGAAUGAAUGAAUGCAGUUUUAUGUAUGCGAGGCAUCGCAGUAUAGAGAUGAGAGGCAGUGAGAGUCUCUUUUAGACUUGCUUUGUUUUGUAGAGAGCUAUCACGUUUAUAACAUCUUUUUCUUUUCUGAUAAUUCCUUGCGUUCAUCA